AUGUGCAUCUUUUGUAAUAAGAAUGUAAAUUUUUGUGGGCAUAAUAAGAAUCAGGAUAAAUACCGAAUUAUAUUUAUUAUCUCUAAAAAAAUUACGGUUUCAUAUAUAUAUAAUAAAACGGAUAGAAAAAAAUUUUCUAACAUUUUACGCGGUACUAAUAUUAGUAAGCAUCAGAAUCUGAACCUCAAGUAUUUCCGUCAAAGGAAUCUUCAGGUACGCAAAGUAACACUGAAGAAAUUCAAAUAAAAUGUAUUUCUAGAAACGCCACUGCAACUUCAAUCUAAGGGUACAUUUACACCAGAUCUUAAUGCACCGCAACACCCAGAUCUUCAAGGGUCACUAUCAUCUCAUUCCCCUGAAUCUCCUCAGUUGUCUCCUGAAGUAUCAGCCUCUGCCUCAGAUUUUUCAAAUUAUAAUGAGCCAAUUAAAACUAUAUAUUCAAAAGAGCAUACAAUUAAUUCAUAUAUUUCUCCUAUUCUAAUAAGCUUCCUAUGUGUUAUUGUAUUUUCCCUUUUUACUAUACACGCUUUAAUAGGAUUGUUCAAACAAAAAAAGAAAAUAAAAAGAAGACAGGUGAAAUUUCUGAGAUUACUAGUACUUUUAUUUUCUAACAAUAUAAGUAAACGUUUUACAGAUAAUAAUUUAGAAAACUCCAUAUAUGAUGAUGAAGAAAUCAUAAAAAAAAUUAAAAUAAAUGAACUUACAAAAAAUGUAAAUUCGUCAAAGCGACAAAAAGACAGAUCCAAUACCAUAAUAGAAGUACAUAUGGAAGUACUUGAAGAAUGCAGAAAUGAAGACUGGGAAAACAACAAAGAAGCAUUCUUAGAAAUAUGUAUAGAUGAGUUAGCAAAAGAGAAUUAUAGAACCAAUCCUAAUUUAACAGAUGAUGAUCUAAUAAAAGAAAAUAUUAAAAGUAGCAAUGAUAUUAAAAAACAAAAUAUUAAAUGGAAUAAAUGAAUAGAAAGAUAUAGAAAUCUUUCUGAAAAAUUGAAAAAAGAAGAGUGGUAUAAUAAUUAGAAAAAUGAAUGGAAAAAAGAACUAGCUUAUAUACAAGAAAUUGAAGAACUAAAAAAGAAAUCUUCUUAAGAAAAUCGCAAAAUUUGAUCCUUAGAAAUAGAAAAAGAUCUAUAGAAACAAUGGAUAUUAGAAAACUGUAAUAUUAUAGAACAAUAUUUGGAACAGGAAUGGCUUAAGGUAUUAAUAGAGAAGUUGCAGAGUAUAUCAGAAGAAUGAGUAAGUGAAGAAACCAUAAAUUAUAUAUCUUUAAUAAAUAUAGAAGAAUUGCUGCACAAAGAAAAUUAUAAAGAAUUAUAUAAAUAUAUAAAAAAAAAAGUAUUGACAAAGAUGUGUAUUCUUGCGCUUAUGUGGAUAUUGGACAAAUGUACAAAACAGGUGAAUUUUGAUAAUACGCAAUCAUACUUGGAUAGUUCAAUAAAUGAAUGGAAGGCAGAAGUAUAUUCAGGCAACAAACAAGAAAUUACAGUAAAUAUAAUUGAAUAUAAUAACAAUGAUAUAGAAAAUAAAAGAAAUAGGGAAUUCCAUGCGCACAUAGGGAAAGACAGUUUCAGAAAUGAGAUAGAAAUUUGGAUAGGAGAAGAUGACUUAUAUGCAAGUUCUAUAGUUAAUGAUCGGACAGUAGAAGAAUCCACUGAUAUAGCAGAAAAACACAUUUCAUAA